UCAAACAUGGCCGACUUGCUCGACAAAAUUAUGGGAAGUUCGUCUUCCAACAGGAUUCCCAAACGAGACAACCGAAUGAAUCAGGACAAGGACGAACCGACGUCAAAGAGAAGUGCACCAAUGUUCUCUACUCCGAAGUCAACAACACCAAUUGGACGGGACUCUUUCGCAACGAUGGACACGAUGAAUGUUCAGAUGAACAUGUUUCCAGUGGACAUCAAGGAUAUGCCCCACAAGAUCCAACGCUUUCAAGUUGACGUCAUCGUCUGUUCCAGCAACGGAAAACAGAUCAAUGCCAACCUUGGAGUUUUGGCGGCCAAGGGAGAUGUCAAUUCCCAUAACCGUCGCUUGGCACAAUACUACAUCAUGAGAACAGUACAUGACAAGCUUCUGGUGAAGUUCAGUGGAAAGAGUCACCACUUCCUUGCUUACGACUGCGCUGCGACUCUCUAUCUUCCGGAGGGAGUCUACACUGGUGACGAUCAAGAAGAAGUCACGUUGACGAUCGAUGACUUCCCGAAGGAAGAAUGGAAAUUCGUGUCGAAGUUGUCUCGCAGAAAGGACGAUUCUUACCUUGUUGUUCUCAAACCUGCCGGAUUUGUGUACACCCAAGGAGAAGUUGCCCAGGAGGAGGCUAAUCGUAUGGAGUUGACUCGUAUUAUCGAAAUCGUCACUUCACAAAAGCUCAACAAUGAGGAUUACUUACAAUUUGGUAAUGCCACAUUCCCACGUCUUUCUCCGCCACACUCGGAACCUGAUGCUAUUUCGGAGAUCCGCUCAGGUUUUGCGAAAGUAUCUCGUCUAUCGCAAAACGGAGGUGGCAAAGCUUUCAUGACGGUUGAUACGAAGAUUUCUCCAUUUUACAAGGAUACAUCAGUUAUCAAGUUUUCAAGCAACAAGUUAUCCGAAAUGAAAGGUGGAGGCGGUGGAAGAGGCGGAUACGGAAGAAGUGACUCGCGAGACUCUCGUGGUGGAUACCGUGGCGGCCGUUCCGACUCGAGAGACUUUCGUGGUGUCUAUGGAAACCGAGGUGGCAACGACAGGUACCGAGAUGAAAGCAGAGGACGUCGCGACAUGUACGAUUCCCGUCGAGACAGUGGUUCUUCAAAUGGAGCGGACUACUCUCCGAGUGAUGCUGCUGAGUUGGAACACGCUUUUGGCGAAAGAGGAAACACGAAGCGAUGCAUUGAAGAAGCACUCAAAGGAUUGGACGUGGAAUGCACUCACUUGAAGGGUAACCUUAUUCGCGUAUCCUCGAUUGCCGAGAACAAUGCUGAGAACACUUCGUUCAUGAUGAAGGACGACAAGGGAGAACGCGAGGUCACCGUGGCGGAAUAUUUCCUGUUGCAGUACAACAUCAAGCUGAAAUAUCCGAGACUUCCUCUCGUCGUCUCAAAAAGAUUCAAACAUGAAUCUUUCUUCCCAAUGGAGUUGCUUCGAAUUGCUCCAGGCCAGCGGAUCAAGGUCAACAAGAUGAGCCCGACAGUACAAUCGGCGAUGACAGGAAGAAAUGCGUCUAUGCCACAGCAUCAUGUGAAGUUGGUUCAAGAUAUUCUCCGCGACAACUUGAAGCUUGAACAAAAUAAGUACAUGGAUGCUUUCGGAAUCAAACUGAUGUCGACUGAGCCAAUCCAAAUGACUGCGAAGCUCCUCCCACCAGCUCAAAUCAAGUUCAAGGGCCAGACUUACAUGCCUGACAUGAGCCGUCCAGCGUUCCGCACACAGGACAAGUUUGUCGAACCAGCACGGAUCAGAAAAAUUGGUAUUGUUGUCUUUGACAACUGUAUCCAAAUGAGACAGGCCGAAGAUUUCUGCGACAAGCUGUCCAAUUUCUGUCGUGACAAUGGAAUCACGGUCGAAAAGGACUCGCGAGAUUGGUCCAUCCGUGAAUUGAACUCCAGUGAUUCCGUUGCUAUCCAAAAUCUGAUGAAGAAAUGGCUCGAUGAUAGAGUGGACAUUCUUGUUGGAAUAGCAAGGGAGAAGAAGCCGGAUGUUCACGACAUACUCAAAUACUUUGAGGAAUCGAUUGGCCUGCAAACAAUCCAAUUGUGUCAACAGACUGUCGAUAAAAUGAUGGGAGGUCAAGGUGGACGCCAAACGAUUGACAACGUCAUGAGAAAGUUCAACCUCAAGUGUGGUGGAACCAACUUCUUCGUCGAGAUCCCGAAUGCUGUGCGUGGAAAAGCAGUGUGCUCAAACAAUGAAACAUUGAGAAAGAAACUUCUCGAACAUGUACAAUUCAUCGGAUUCGAGAUUUCUCAUGGCGCAUCACGCACUUUGUUCGAUCGCAGUAGAUCACAAAUGGAUGGUGAGCCAUCAGUUGUUGGAGUCUCGUAUUCCCUGACCAACUCGACGCAGCUCGGAGGCUUCACAUACCUUCAAACCCAAAAGGAGUACAAACUUCAAAAACUUGAUGAAUUCUUCCCAAAGUGUGUCAGAUCGUACAAGGAGCAUUCGAAGACACUCCCAACAAGAAUCGUCAUCUAUCGUGUUGGUGCUGGAGAAGGAAACUUCAAUCGUGUUAAGGAAGAAGUCGAAGAGAUGCGACGAACAUUUGACAAGAUUCAGCCCGGAUACCGUCCACAUCUCGUGGUGAUCAUCGCACAAAGAGCUUCACAUGCUCGCGUUUUUCCAUCAUGUAUCAGUGGCAACAGAGCGACGGAUCAGAACAUCCCAUCUGGAACAUGUGUCGAGAAUGUCCUGACAUCCUACGGAUACGACGAGUUCAUUUUGUCUUCACAGACGCCGCUUAUUGGUACCGUUCGUCCGUGCAAGUACACGAUCCUUGUCAAUGAUGCCAAAUGGUCUAAAAACGAGCUCAUGCACUUGACGUACUUCCGCGCAUUCGGUCAUCAAGUGUCCUACCAGCCACCAUCGGUUCCAGAUGUUCUUUAUGCGGCAGAAAAUCUGGCUAAACGAGGACGCAACAAUUACAAAAUUCAUCAGCGUUACGUGAAUUUGCAAGCAGUUGAGAACCGCAUCAUCAAAGACCAUUCGGAACUCAUCAACGAAGACAUGCGAGAAGAACUGGCGGCAGCCAUUGUUGAUGAGAUGUCCGUUGCAAUGAACGGAAUGACCAUUCCGAAGCGAAACUUCUGGGCGUAAUCCCGAGAUUCUCUCUUUUAUUGUCACGUAUUCACCCCCUUUACAUAUUACCAACAUUUUUUAUCCACUACCCUAUACCUACUCUCUAUACAAGUACUUAAAUUCCCAUGCUUUUGUUUUUCUGAACAUUCUUUAUUACAUUUUUCCCCAUAAUUGUAUCGUAUUCCCCUUUAUGUUUUUAUAAUUUCAACUAAGAAUCCUUUUGUAAUUUAAUCUAGAGUAGAGUACAUUGACACAUAGUUUGAAUAGUAGAUACUCCUGUUUUACCUGCCUUUUUUUCUGUGCGAAUUUCCUCCAACUUUCUUAUUAGGAGUUUUCGAAGGCGAAAGAAACUUCCAAUUAGAACGUUUUUGGAAAUUUCGAUUUUCAAUAAUCUUACUUGCUCUACCCCCCGUCCAUUAUCAUUUAUUAAGCAAUAAAUUAUUCGAGAAG